AUGGAGACCCCACAACAUGAGAACGGUCACACCCAUGUGGACGAGAAGAAACCGAUAGAAGAGACUGCCAGCACCGUCCACCAUACGCAGCCUCCAGUGCACGAGAUGGUGGGAGGUUCUUCAGUAAGACAAUACUUGAACAAGAAUGUCACACCUCAUCUUUUGGAAGGACUCAAGAAAAUGGCCCAGAAUCAGCCAGAGGAUCCGCUUCGGGAGUUGGGCGAGUUUCUUAUAGCAAGGUCAGAGAAAUUGAAGAGUGAGCUGACGCAAAAUGAUCGAUAG